AUGCAAUAAUAUUUGGAGGUUGGAUAUGCUUUAUCAAAUAGAGCUAGAUGUACAGGAUGCUUUUAAAAUAUUACUAAAAAUGAAAUUAGAUUUGGACAUGUUUUUGUGGCACCAGGAUUUGGAUAUGACAAAAAACAUUGGUAUCAUUUGACAUGUUUAAAAUUUAUACCCAAAGGAGAUCGUAAUUAAGAUGUUGCUCUAAUUAAUAUUCAUUGUUUAAAAACAGAAGAUCAAAAGAAAGUUCAUGAUAGAUUAGAUUUCAUUAAAAAAAAUUGUGGAAAAAGUAUAUCAAUUAUAUUAAUAUUAAGAAUUCGCUAAAGAAUGUAAAUUAUUGGAGAAAUAAGAUGAUCAAUGUGAAUAUAUCAAAGCAGAUAAAGAUAUCUUUUCAACUUUUAUUAAACAUAUGAAACAUAAAGAACGAAAAGAUUUAGGAGAGUUUUGA